GGUAACUGGGGAAAGGUGCGGCGAGGCUUUCACUGGCUGCUUUGAACAGAGCCACCAACAAAGUUGUUAAGCUGGAAAUACUGCUGGUUCCACACACCCGCUUAUAGACACAGGUGCGGACGGCUGUCCAUACUUGAAAGGUGUAAGUUUUUAACUUGCGUUGUAAUAUAGGUCUACAAAAGCUGCCAAAAUGAGCAAGAUUUCCAAACUUUUCAAGGGGAGCUCAAGUUCCAAUUCGUCGAGCUCUUCCAAGUCCAAACAUCGGUCACGGGGAGGACCUUCUCCCCAAGAGGCUAUCCACAAACUCAGGGAAACAGAGGAAAUGUUGACAAAGAAGCAAGCCUACCUGGAGCAGAGGAUACAGCAGGAAAUAGCAACAGCAAAGAAACAUGGCACCAAAAACAAAAAAGCUGCUUUACAAGCCCUGAAGAGGAAGAAGAGGUAUGAGCAGCAGCUUACACAGAUAGAUGGCACCUUAUCCACUAUUGAGUUCCAGAGAGAAGCGCUGGAGAAUUCCCACACCAACACAGAAGUACUCAAAAAUAUGGGUUAUGCUGCACAGGCUAUGAAGAAAGUCCAUGAGAGCUUGGACAUUAACAAUAUCGAGGACAUGAUGUUAGACAUUGGAGAGCAACAGGACCUCGCCAAGGAGAUCAGUGAGGCCAUUUCUGGACCUAUUGGAGAAGCAUUUGAUGAGGACGAGCUUCUUGCAGAGUUAGCUGAGCUGGAGGAGGAGGAACUAGAGGAUGCUAUGGGUGAACUACCUAGUGUUCCUGCAUCUAAACUACCUUCAGCACGACCUGGCCAGCGUACAUCAUCCAGAAGAAAGGUUGAAGAGGAAGAUGACAUGCGCAUGCUGGCAUCAUGGGGAACCUAAUGCGUGGUUAUAAAAUACUUGACAAAGUUUAGUUUUUUCUACAGACUUUUAUCUGAAAGUUUUAGAUCAAACUGUGUGUAAUAUAAUACAAAAUAAGUGAAGGAAUUAUAAAUAGAGCCUUGGGUGAUUUCACAUCUUCUUUUUUCUCAUGCAUAAUUGAUCAAAUUACACUGUUUUUGGAAAUGCAAAGUGGAAAUAUGCUAUAAUGUUUUGGUAGACCUGUAAAUAAAUUUGAUGCAUUGUAUACAUGUAGAGUUAUGUUCUUGAUGCCAUAAUCAUUAUUGGCAUUGGAUCAUAUUGUAUAUAAUUACUGCAAUUAUUUACUUUGCUACAUGAAGGUGCUGCUCUGGGCCUGUCUAUGCAAACAAUAAAAUACAUAAAGAUCAUA